AAAGUACCAAGACAUAUAGCACCUUAGUAGAAGUUCAAAAGAUCUCGUCAAUCUCUUAAUCAAGAUUAUCAUGGCCCCGGUAAACUCUAAUAUCCUCUACUUAGGGCUGAUUCCCUUUGACUGGGAUGAAGAAACCGUGAAACUGGUAGUGUGUGGACUGGGCAACAUCGUAGACGUCCGAUUAGGAUUCGAUUAUGCUGGAAAGAACAAGGGGUACUGCUUCAUUGAAUACCAAACUGUCAGCGAUGCCCAACGAGCCUUGCCUUUACUUUCACAAGUUAUGUUAAUGGGAGGGAAAAGAUUGCGAGUAGAAGCAAGUAAAGAAGGAUUGAAAGGGUCCAAACAAGGUGCAGCUGAGAAGAAACCAGUGUUGAUGUUGUCUAGAACUAAAUUGCCUGAUUAUGUCAAAUUACCCAAUGAAUUGCUAUUAGCCGGUGGCAAUGGUGGUAGAAUAAACUCUCCAGUACCUUCAACCAUACCCAACAUUCCACUUAAUAGAAUGAGUACUGGUCAAAUGCCUGUGAAAUUUACCAAUGCCACCAAGAAUUUCCCACAACCAGUAGCACUCCCAUUUGGAAUACCGGACAAGAUCAAUGAGACAUUGAGUAAGAUUCCCCCAGUCCAACUAAUAGAAUUGAUUGCCACGAUGAAGAAUAGCAGUGGUGCAGGUCCAAUACAUGAAAUUUUACAAGUUUCACCGGAUUUAGCAGCAUGUGCUGCGCAAGCAUUACUCCUCAUGGGAUUUAUUGACGGUGAUGUCAUUAGCGACUCCAUGAAAUCUGCAUCUGCUACUCCACAACCAUUGCAACCACCACCACAACAUACCCCAUUACAAACCACGCCACAACCUUAUAUCAACCAACCUACAUUCCAUGCCCCACCUCCACCAGUUUCCAACCCAUAUGGAACUCCAUAUCAAGGAAAUAUUCCAGCUGCUCCUCCAGUUAACCAACCAUGGUUAUCACAAGAAACACAGGCGAAAUUGGCGGGGGUUCCUCCUGAUCAAAAAGAACUUAUUAUGCAAAUCUUGAGUCUACCUCCAGAUCAAGUAAGGUCGUUGCCUAUUGACAAGCAGGAAAUGAUAAAGAACUUACAGGCAAGGUAUUUAAGCUAAGUAAUAGAAUAAAUGUAACGUUUCAUAAUGCAAAACAUCACCACAUAU